AUCCUGAUUGGAUGUUCGUUCAGGUUGCUUCUUUCACCUGAGUUUCUCUAAAGCCUCAGCCAUGAAGCGCCUGAGCAGCCUGGUGCUCAGGAAGUGGAAGGACAAGGAGAGGUGGAUGGAGAGGAGAAGAAGUGAACCCUCAGCAAGAGGCGAGGAGGAGGAGGACGAGAGGAAGACAGACCCGGGACGCAGACAGACAGACAGACGUAUGCUGAGGAGGAGGUCUGAGCCAUGUGGACGGAUGGAGAAGGAUGAAAAGACUGAGGAGAGGAGGAAAAGCGACUGGAGGAAGUCUGACUCCAUCACGGAGGAGGGGGACAAGAUGGAGAAGGGCAGAGUGUCCUGUAUAAUGGUGGAGGACAUUGUGCGAGGGCACGAGGACAGGAGACAGAGGGACAUGGACCGGAAGACGAUGAGACGGCGCUCCGAGCCUUGCGGUAUUCUCUACGUCCAGCUUCUUCCUCUGUCCUGCAGGAAGAGACGGGAUCUACUACAGAGACGGACGGGACGGAGUACGUCGUGCAGCGAUGACGGGGACUGGCGGAUGGACAGGAGUGGGGGAGACAGAUGUCCAGAUUACAUGUCCAGGGGGAUGUCUGAGCCAGUUGGUCCUCUGGAAAACACCCACAGCCUGUCCUCCCCUCCUCUACCUCCUCCUGCUUCUCCUCCUCCUCCCUCCCAUCAGAAGGACGUGAGUGAUUUUCAUCUGGAGACGUACCUGACAGAGCCACGACGUCCAGAGACCAGGAGGCUGCGCUCCUACUCCUCACCUCCUGACAGCGGACAGCGAGCCUCCCACCUGCCCUCCUUCUCCUUCAUCGCCUCCUCCACCGGCAGCCAACUGCCUCCUCAGGCUCCGCCCCCACCUGCAUCUCCUCCCAUCAGGAGGCAGGUGGAGGUUGCAGACGGAAUGUCGGAGCAGCCGGAUCCUGGUGAUGCUGCGCCUGAGGAGUUGGAGAGAGACAUCUACAUGCGCUUCAUGAAGUGUCACAAGUGCUACGACAUCAUCCCCACCAGCUCCAAACUGGUGGUGUUUGACACCACGCUGCAGGUGAAGAAAGCGUUCUUCGCCCUGGUUGCUAAUGGAGUGAGAGCAGCUCCUCUGUGGGAGAGCAAGAAGCAAAGCUUUGUGGGGAUGUUAACCAUCACGGACUUUAUCAACAUCCUCACCAGAUACUAUAAAUCCCCCAUGGUGCAGAUCUACGAGCUGGAGGAGCAUAAGAUUGAGACAUGGAGAGAGUUGUACCUGCAGGAGACCUUUAAACCUCUGGUGCACAUCUCACCUGAUGCCAGUGUUUUCGAAGCGGUUCACUCUCUGAUAAAGAAUAAGAUCCAUCGGCUUCCUGUCAUCGAUCCAAUCAGCGGGAACGCUCUCUACAUCUUGACACACAAGAGGAUCCUGAAGUUCCUGCAGCUCUUUGUGUGUGAGAUGCCGAUGCCAGCCUUCAUGAAGCAGACUCUGGAGGAACUCGGAGUGGGAACAUACUCGAACAUCGCCUACAUCCACCCCGACACGCCGCUCAUCACGGCCCUUUCCGUGUUCACACACCGCCGGGUUUCGGCGCUGCCCGUUGUGGAUCAUAAAGGGAAGGUGGUGGAUAUCUAUUCCAAGUUUGACGUCAUUAACCUGGCUGCUGAGAAGACCUACAACAAUCUGGAUGUGACAGUCACUCAGGCUCUUAGACACAGAUCUCAGUACUUCGAAGGCGUCAUGAAGUGCAACAAACUGGAAACCCUGGAGACCAUUGUGGACCGGAUCGUGAAGGCAGAGGUCCACAGGCUGGUCGUCGUCGAUGACAAGUCCCGCAUCGUCGGCAUCGUGUCACUGUCAGACAUCCUGCAGGCGCUGGUCCUGACGCCCGCUGGUCUGAGGAGAAAGGAGUCCAUCCCCUCUCAACCCGGAGCCCUGAACUCAGCUGAGCUAGGGAGAGCAGGUCCAACUGAACUGGACCAGGACUCGGGUCUGGAGCCUGAGACAGAAGGCAUAAUUAUUCAGGGACAGGGAGGUGAGCCAGAGACAGUACCUGAAGCAGAAGCAGAUCAAGACCAAGAUCAGGACAAGGACCAGGGACUGGAUACUGGGAAAGUAAUAACAGUAAGCGAAACUGAACCAGAACAGGUUCAGGAGCCACGAGAGACCACAGAGGAGACCUGGAUGGAGGAAGACACUACUGAGAGCUGCCAGCAGAGGGAGGCAGAGGAUGAAGCAGCAGAGGGGGAGGCAUUUAGAGAGACACAGAAAGAGGAGAAGACAGGAGAGACGAAGGCGGGGCAGACGGAGGAGACAGAGGCGGGGGGAGGAGCAGCACAGCGAGACGAUGAGGCAGAUCAGGAGGAGGAUGAAGAGGCGGAUGGAAGAGGGGAGGAGGAUGGGGGAGUAGAUGGGGAGGUGGGGGACUGAUGUCAUCUUAGUGCAUCUCACUGGACUCUGAGGACUCAGGUCAGACCACAGAAGGAGAAUCAGAGAGGACAGGAAGGCUGAGGGAUGGACUAUAAUUGGACUGCUGCUGAGGUGGGCGGGGCCUGUGACUGAGCAAUCAGAGGGAGGCUUUGGUUCUGUCUGCUGGGUUCUGGGGGAGUUUCAUGAUGAUCUGUUACCAUGGUAACUCGAGGACCAUCAAAGCAGCAGAAUGGUUCUACAUCCUCUAGUGGUGUAAGUCCAUCACUGCAACCUCAUAAGGUUUAUUUCCUGCAGGGAAACAAAAAACCAUGAAACUCAACCAGAACCAGAACUGAUCCUUGGGCCACCCUGAGCAUCUGGUUUGUAUGUCUGAUUGGUAGAUAGAGUUUGAAUGAGCCAAUCACUGAUCAGCUGCUGCUCAUUAGUAACAUGUCCUGUUUUAUAGUUGGAACAAAUCAAAUAUCGUCACUUUUAUCUAAAGUUUUAAGAUUCUGUUGAAAAUGAUUUUAUUAUGGAAAUUAUUGUGUUUCUAGUUCCUGCUGCAGACUGUAAGGGGGCGGGGUGCUGCACAGUUUGGACCAAUGAGAGAAUAACGCAGAUUUAAAUUAAUAUAUUAAUAUACUAACUGUUCUCUGCCCAUAGGGAUUCUAUGGCAUGUAGUAAUUGAAAAGGUAACAGCUGUGAUGUCAUCAUGAUAAGUCAGUGACAUCACCGGCUGUGUUUCCAUGGAGACGUGUAGCUGCUGCUGUGAACACAAUGAAUUAAAACUGCUAAUAGAAGUGUUGUUUUUUUUUAUGGAGAAUCUUUCAACACAUUUACUGGAUGCAGCAAGUCCACCAGGGGAUGGGUGAAGCUCUCAGGAACUGAUGUUUGGUGUUAAAGGGUUAGGUCUCAGACCUGAGAUGAAGGAGGUGACCAUUCGUUUGAAGGAUGGCUGCAGAGAUGUACCCAGUCUGUAGCAUCCUGAAAUGUCUCCGCCAACAGAUGGUAGACAAGAGGACAAGAAGCUCUAGGUCCGACCAGCUACUACUGCGCAGCUGUAGGUCAAGAUGUGUGAUGAGGAGAAGCUUGUCGAUGUGCUGGAUGACAUAUCAGAUGACGAAUUCACCACCUUCAAAUGGCACCUGAAGAAGGAGACCUGGAAAGGCAUAGAUCCCAUCAAAACCACCAAGUUGCAGAAGGCAGAAAGGCUUGAUGUUGUGGACCUGAUGGUGCAGAAGUACCAGCUCAGUGGAGCUAUGAUGGUCAUGAUGAAUGUUUUCACGAAGAUUAACAGGAAUGACCUGGUGAAGAAGCUCACAGACCUCAGUCCUGAGGCUGAAGUUCCUGGUCCAGCAUCCUCUUCAAACUCCUCGGACAACUCGGUUGACAAGUUGACAUCAGUGCGGGGACAGUUUGUGAACAAAGUCUCCGCGGCGGUUCUGCAGCAGCUGCUAGACAGAAUGCUGGGAGAAAAAGUUCUGACCGACUGUGAAAUGGAGUUUGGUAACAUCAACAAGGGGGAUAAAGCCCGAUCGGUGGUUGACAUGGUGAGGAACAAGGGCUCCAAGGCCAGCUCAGCUCUGAUCACUGCUCUGUGUGAGGUGGAUCCAUGUCUGGCAGAAGAGCUGAAGCUCAAGUAGAAGAAGACAGAGGAGAACCACGUACCAGUGACCAAGACCCUCUGAUCUAAUACUCUUGAAAUUAACCCAAAAGAAUCAUUUGUCAGUUACAGUAAGUUGCAGAAACAUGUUUUUACUAAUCUGCUGAUUAGGAGAACCAACCAAGAAGGCAAAUCAGAACCACAUUUUUAUCCUAAAAUCCAGUAUGGAUAUAAAAUGACCAGAACCAUGGUUUCAUCUGAAAUCACCUGUAGCUCAGCAGAUCAUGGCAUAGUGCUGUGUUUUCAUGUCGACUGCACGUCCCAUCAGUUGUCCCCUCAAUGAGACGUCCAGCAGGCUUUCUGUCACCUCACAGACCGUCUCCAUCCAAAGGACGCAACUUCCUGCUUCUCCAUUUGGGUUUUCAAAAUAAAAUCACAGUACCACAGAAAUAGUCACGCAGAUUUAUUGUUUGUUCCGUGGCCAGGUAUCGUUCCAGGGCCCACUGUUUGGGGGCCCUGAUUCAGAACUAGCUUUCUGUGUCAUUACAAGCAGCAUGAAACCGAAGAACCUCAGUAAAUAUGAACAGACUUAACCUAAAUGUCCCAGAAGCCAGAAGACCCUAUUAGAACCCUAAUAGUUAGUUUUGCUGAACAAACUUCAGAUAUUUUCUCUCUUUCUUACCAAAUAAUCCACAUUUAUACCAAAGUUCAAACUAAGAACGUCACAGUGAGCUGAUUGGCUCCAACACACAGGCUCAACUCUGAUUGGAGGUCUCCAGAAAGGGGUUGGGCUUGUCUUAAUGUUUAUUAUUGCAUAGCCUGCCCUCUCAGAAAGAUGAUAUGAUUGCCUGAAUUUGUCAUCAUUCAUGCCAGAUCCCUCAAGACAGCAGGACCACCAAUCACACACCUGAUGGUUCCUUUAUCUGCCUAGCAACACAGCUGGAUGAAUUCUCACUGGAGGAAAAAUGAAACUAGAAAUUCCAAAUCUUCCUGACUGGUUUGUUAAAUGAGUCCCUCAGAGAACCCCAAGAGUUGGCCACAGGAUGAAGAUGAUGAUACUUCUUCUCCAUCUUCUGUGUGCAGCAAACAUCAGAGAGAACUGAAACCAAUAAGAGUUCUGUUGGUCCAACAUCAGACUGAUGUGUGUUCUGUUUCUUUGUCUCUGUUUAACUCUGCAGCUGAUCACUGAUUCUAAUAAAACAACAUAUUGAGUCAGA